AUGAAGUUCCCCUUUGGUGCCAUCCUCGCCGCCGCGUGCGCGUUCCUGCUGCACCUCACGGCAGCGGCGCCCGUCCCCAGCCCCAUCCUCGACGGCGGCGACGACGACGCCCCAAGCAUCACGAGCCGGGACGACGCCAACACGACGACGUGCGACGUCGCGGCCGAGAAGCUGGGCCAGGUGGUCGAGCCCCUGCUGGACGUGCUGGCGAACAAGGUCCUGGAGAAGCUGCCCAUGAAGGAGCUGGUGAUUGUGGUGAAGCCCAUGCUGGACAUUGCCAAGGCGGAUCUCGUGGCGGACCUGCCGACGGAGAGCUUCGACGAGCUGGUCAAGAACUUGCGCAGGCGCAAGUCUUGA